AUGGAAGAGGACGACACGAGCUGCGGGAUCAUUCUCUACUGCGACGAAGACCCUUUCGACGACGACUCGACGCCAAUUCCACCACCGGCAGCAUCAUACGGCGACGUUGACGAUGUGCAGCAGCUGGUUGAUCUGGCCAUGGAGUACAAGGCCAGGGAGCGAUGCUAUGCUCCCAUGGGAUCGGCUGCCUACAUCCACCGUCUCCUCCACGACCAUCACCAGCACGGCGGGGUGUCAAGCGCUAGGACCAAAGCCGUUCACUACAUCAUCUACGCAUUUAGCCGGUUGGGAUUAGCGGCGGCGACGGUGAUCAACGCAGUCAACUAUCUGGACCGCUUCUUGUCCAUCAACUGCCAUCUGAGUUGGGAGGUAUGGAUGGUGGAACUGGUGAGCGUGGCGUGCCUGUCGAUUGCAUGCAAGUUGGACGAGGUCACCAUACCAUCCCUCCACGAUCUACAGAUGGAGGAGGCCAUGAGUCAUUCCUUCCGGGCGUCCACCAUCCGGGACAUGGAGCUGACGCUGCUCAAGGCGCUCCAAUGGCGGCUGGCCUGCGUCACCCCAUACUCCUACCUCGACCUCCUCCCCUUUUCCACCACCGCCGCCGUCAAACGAUCUCGUUGCAUCCGCUUCCUCCUCCGAUCCCUCUCCGAGCCCUCGUUUCUCCGAUUUGACGCCUCUGUGGUUGCUGCCGCUGCACUCAGGUGUGUGGCCGUACUGCAGGAUCAUGCCUAUCUCAUUACUCCUCCGCUCCGACAAUUGGGCGAUGAGUCUGACGAGUGCUUCAAGAUGAUGAAAUCACUUGAAACAAGUUUGGAUCAUCAUCAUCAUUAUCAUCACAAGUACAGUGCUGCUGACCAGCUGCAGGGGAGUCCGAUUUCAGUGAUUGCAUUUGAGGGUAGUGACCGUGACAGUACAGUUAACAGCAGUCUGAAGGAAAGACAAAAGGGAGUCAUCAUCAGCGACAGUGACAUCGACUGGAAGAGUCUGCCUUUCUGA